AUGAACAUGGACAAGGGGAAAAAUAUUGCUUUUCAAGGUGAAGUUCAAGCACAAAACAAAUCAAAGGAGAAAACAGAUCAUGAAUAUGGAGGAGAAGUGAGGAUUGUUUCAAAUAGCAAUCAUAUGGAGCUAAUGGCGUUACCUCCCUCAGCUGCUCAUGUUGAAGGAACAGCAAUGAAAAAGAUCAUGACUCCAACAAAGGAUGUUAACAUUCCCAGUUCUGAGUUAUUCUGUGAUGGUAACAAUACGGAUUUCAUAACGAAUAACCAAGUUCAAGAUACAGAGGGAGGGCCUUGUAACAAAACAAUGGAGAACAAACAAGAUAGGGAAUCGACGGUUAGAAGUGGUAACAGAGACAAUAAACGGAGCAAGUCUUGGUCUCGGCAGUCUAGAGGGAGGAAAGCACAAGCUCAAAAGGCACUGAAACGGAUAGAAGGGGAUCUUGAGAAAGAAGAAGAGCUUUCACUGAAAGGAAGAGGCAGAAGUAUCAUCUAA